AAAUAAGUAUCCAUUCGACAAACAACUCGCAAGAGUUUCAAAAUUUAACCUAAAUAUUUUUUCUAAUAUUGCAAACUACAAAAAAAAAACAUGGCGAGGCGACCGCUAGGCCCUGGUCCGGGAGCUUACCUCUUACCCUCAACGGUGGGCUAUGAAAAGCACGAUGCACGCAAGGAACGCUUGCCGCAAUAUUCCUUCGGCACUCGCACCAAGAUGCUUGGCGGUGGCUACGGACCAGGGCCUGGUGCAUAUCAAGUCGACAAAUGGACUCGCUAUGGAAAAGGUGGUGGCCUGCAAUAUUCAAUGGCUCCACUAACAAAAGUCAAUGAAAAACGUAGUGGACCUGGACCUGGUGCUCACGAUGUGCAUCUUAAGCCCUUCUUUAAGGGCACUGAGGCGCCAGCUUACAGCAUGGCACCGCGGAAUGAUUUUAAUUUCAAAAAGUAUGGUCCGGGUCCAAGUGCCUACUUGUUUGAUAUCUCGUCGAUUAAGCCAGCCGCACCCGCUUACAGCAUGGGUAUUCAAACGAAAACGAGUCGUAAAGGUGACUCUCCAGGUCCGGCGGCAUAUGGCGCUUCAGACUUGAAUUACAAACUAACUCGAGCGCCAGAAUACUCGAUGAGGCCCCGCUAUAAUAUAACCAAAAGUAAUUUUGGUCCUGGCCCAAUUCACUAUAAUCUUAUGUACUAUCGUCCUGGCAAGACGCGGCCAGCUUAUUCGUUCGGAGUACGCCACUCGCCGUACGCUCCACCAUUAAUCGUUAGAUGUGACAAUAUGUAGUUUUGCAAUAUUAGAAUUAUAUUAUAAAAUAGGGUUUUUAUCGAUAACUUGGAUUAACACUCAUUAAAAUGAAUAUUUUGAA